UUUAGCAUAAAAACAUAUUUAGGUUUGGCUUUAAUAUUUUAGUAUAUCAUUAGAAAACUCGUGUGCAGCAUUGCAUUUAUUUUUACCACAUGUUAUAAUGCCUCGAGUCUAUAAAAGAACAACUUCAAAAGCAAAAACCCCCAGUAAAAAUAUGAAGGAUGCAUUACAUUCGAUCCAAAAAGGAAAAAGUAUUAGAGAAACUGCAAUAACUUCCAAAAUACCCUAUCCAACUCUUCGUCGUUAUUGGAAAAAAAUUUUGCUUGAUGAAAAUACAAGACUUAGCCCGAAUUAUUAUGUUAAAAAAAUAUUUACAGACAAGCAGGAAUUAGAAUUAAAGGAAUAUAUUUUGACCUGUUCAAGAAUGUUCUAUGGCCUUCCAAUAAAAGAAUGUCGGUGUAUAGCUUUUGAGAUUGCAACCAUAAAAAAAAUUAGUAUUCCACAGAAGUGGCACAAAGACUCAAUGGCAGGUAUUGAUUGGAUGAAUAAUUUUAGAAAGCGACAUCCAAAAUGGUCUCUUAGAACACCUGAAGAAUGUUCUCUCUCAAGGGCAACAUCAUUUAAUGCCCAUAAUGUAAAUAUAUUUUUUGAUAAAUUAAAAGAACUUCUUGCUAGAUCACCAAUAUUUGCCAACGGAACUCGGAUUUUUAACCUUGAUGAAACUGAAACUAUUACCGUGCAGAACCCACAAAAGGUUCUUGCAAAGAAAGGUGUGAAGAGUGUCUGCAAAGUCACAAGUGCUGAAGAGGAACCCUUGUCACAACAUGUAUAAUAAUCAGUGCUUCUGGACAAUAUCUUCCACCAGUAAUUAUUUUUCCAAGAGUGCAUUUCAAGGAGCAUAUGUUGUUAGGACCUCCUUCUGGAUCUCUCGGACUUGCAUGUAAAACAGGCUGGAUGAACGGUGAACUUUUUUUUAGAUGUUAUGAAUCACUUUAUCAAGUUCUCGUCAAGUACAAAAGAAAAUCCAUCAUUAUUAAUAUAUGACAUUUUCGAAGCGCACUUAUCUAUAGCAGUGUUAAAUUUAGCAAAGGAGCAUGGAGUGACCAUUUUGACAUUACCGCCUCAUUCCACGCAUAAGUUACAACCACUUGAUGUGGGAGUUAUGGGGCCAUUUAAAACUGCAUAUAAUGCAGCAAUUGAUUUCUGGAUGCUCCACAAUCCUGGAAAAACAUUUACAAUUUACCAAGUUGCUGCAUCUGUAGAGCUUGCUUUUCUGAAAGCCAUAACACCAUCUAACAUUGUUGCUGCUUUUAAAAAGACAGGUAUAUUUCCUUAUGACAGGAACGUGUCAGACAGAACUUUUGAUGUUAACAAUACUUGCAUAAAAAAUCACGUAAGCAUUACUUCUGAUAAUUUUUUUCACCCACAUGUUUCACCAAAUGCAGACCCCACUACCUCUACUACUAUAGAUACAAACAAACUAGUUACCAAUGAUACCAUGGUUAAUCUGUCUACAUCAUCAGAUUUCUUUAUCAGCCCUAAACAAUUCAGAGGUUUUCCGAAAUCUGGAAAAAAAAACUGUAAAAGAAGGGAAAGAAGAAGAAGAAGGGUUGAAGAGAAGAAGAAGGGUUGCUCUAUCAUUGCCACAGACACUCCUGAGAGAGAUCGGAUUGAGAAAAGGCUCUGCAAUAAAAAGUUAGUCAAACUUACAAAAGAAUUAAAAGCAAAUUUACAGAAGAUUAACAAAAAAUUACUUAAAAAAGACGAUUCUGUAUUGGAACAUUUGACACCCACAAAUGAAAAAGGUUUAAUAAUCCUAGAAGAUGAUUUGUGUGCUUGUGAUAUAUAUCCUAAAGAAGAAGACUUUGUAUUGGUUAAAUUUGAAACAACAAAAAAAAAAUUGUUUUAUGUUGGAAAGGUUUUAUGUGUAAACUCUAUAAAAGAAGAAGUUACAAUCAGUUUUCUUUGGAAAAAAGGUGAUAUUUUUAAGAUGCCUAUUUCACCAGAUAUUGUGACUAUCCCUAGAAUGGAUGUUAAAUUGUUGCUACCUCGGCUAACUUUUUCUGGAACAAAUAAAAGGCAGCAUUGCCAUUACAAAUUUGAGGUUGUGUUUGACUAUAUCAGUAUUUGCUAAAUAUUAUUUUUAUUGCCAAUAUACUAUAUGCUAA